AUGGCCACCACUGCACCCAGUAAUCCCGCACCGAGCAACCCUCUUGUUACUUUGAUCAGCGCAAGGUCUGCAAUUGCUCCCUUUCAAGGCCGGGUCAACGGGUUCUUGCCUCAAAGCGUAGAAUCUUGGAUCUCGUCAGUAGAUGCUCAUUUAAAAGCAAAAUGCAUCACUGACCCAUCCGUACAAUUACAGGAAGCUAAAAGUUUCAUUGACUUUGCUAAAGGAGAUGCAGGUUUGUACCUGAGAAGAGUCUCUUUCCAAGAGGCGGAUACAUGGGAUGAAUUUAAAAUUAGAUUAAGAGCCAUAUAUGGCAGUGAAGAAGCGUUGAAUGUAGUUUUAGCUUUGAGGAACAUCCUUAAUCUGGCCUGUAUGACUCAACUUAACGUUGUAGAGAGAGCGGCACUAAUUGCUGAUCGGCUGAAUGAAUAUCAGGAUAGUUUGCGUACUUCCACUUGGGUUACGGGAAGGAAUAUGGGCGUGAAAGAUUUUAUCAGGCUCACAUAUUUAACCUGCAUAACAGUUAUGUUGCCGGAAGCUUUGGUACGAUGCUUUGACAAGAAGCUAGCGCCCGAUAGGUUUGGAGAUAUAUUUUGUGAGAUUGGAGUUCGUGAAUUACAGCAAUCUGCCAACGAAGCCUUCAAUCAAUUUGGUGAAGCUCAUCGUCAAAUGGAGAAGUAUGGAAUUCAAAUGUUGAAGCGAUUAAAGCCGAUUCUCAGUGACUUGGGCACCUAUCUUCAUAAAGCAAUACCCGAUACUCGACUGACAAUUCGGAGGUAUGCCGAUGCUAAAUUUGAAUACCUGAGUUAUUGCCUUAAAGUGAAGGAGAUGGAUGAUGAAGAGAUGCAGUUUGCUCAGCUUCAGGAACCUUUGUACAGGGUGGAAACUGGAAACUAUGAAUAUCGGUUGGUACUUAGGUGUCGCCAAGAAGCUCGUGGGAAAUUUGCAAGGCUCCGUUCAGAUGUAUUAGUGAAGUUAGAGCUACUGGAUUCGAAACAUGUACAGCAUCUAACGGAGCAACUUACUCGUCUUAUUACUGGGCUUGCGGCAUAUCACUCACAAUGCCAGGAACUGAUGCAUAAUAAACAUUGGUUUCCAAUUGAACUGGAUAUGGUAGGAACCACUCUUCAUGCUGACCAUAGAAAUGACACAAUACAGGUUGAUGAUGAUGAUGACGACGAAGAGUUGCUGGAUACUGAGAAUGCCACAGAAGCAGCUGAAACUGUUGACUUGGUGCAGCCUUUAGAAGAACUUACCUUGAACAACAGCAUCAAUCAGGACCAAGAAGUUCGGGAUAGUAACUUUGAAGAAGUCAAUCUCUUAGUAGGGGAGUGGUGAUGAUUCGGACAGUGGAAUGGUCCGGGCAGUACAUUUCCUGGAAAACAUACGGGGCCCUCAGCUCUGAAAAAUCAUGUGAAACCGUGAAAGUUUGUUUAUCACUGACACAUGGACUUUGGCUGAGAGAGGAUGUUUUAGUACUGAGGGUAGUUUUUGUGGUUUUUAUAAUUUCCUAUGAAAUAUUUUGUGUUUGAAUCAUAAGCUUUGGUGUAGUGAAUAUGAUAAUGAAGUUGAUUAUCAGUUUUGGGUGUGAAUUUAUACUGUAUGAUGAAGAUGAUGUAGCUAUUACUCACCUGUAAUCUCAAAGGGCUUGGAGCUGAGGGUGUCAUCAAAUGGUUAUGUGUGGGAUGAUUCGGACAGUCUAGGGUAGGGAUGAUUCGGACAGUGUCAGAAUCAUCCUUCCUAGCAAACCUUUACUAAUAUAUAGUAUUUCCAAAAUGACCAGACCUCUCUGGCACAGCUAUUCGGGUCCUCCCACGUGUGUUUAAUCUUCGCAUAUCUAUCAAAUUUAUAACAACAGAGAUAAAACCAUUUCUCCCAUUACAGAUAUCAAAUAUCAUCUUUUCCGUUAUGCAGAAUUCUAAGUCAAUUAUGUACAUAGGUUCACAAUUAAUAAAGUUUUUUUUAUGCAAUAGCAAGAAAAGGAAUCAGAUUGUCUAUCAACAUGGCAUCUCAUUUUGGUGCUGUUGCCAAUAUUUUAAACAGCUCCAUGUGCAUUCAAAUCUACGGAUAAGCUGCUUAGAGUCUCUCCAGGGGGCACUUUCAGUGGUCACGGUCAUGGAACUACAAACAUGGAAUGGACAUGGGCAAAAUCACCGUGUGCAGCAUGCCACCUUUGCAAAGGGUGGAGAGAGCUUUGUAUCACAAUGCCCACCUCUCCAUAUUGGAGUGUAAGCUUUUAAUUUUCCAUGACAAUAUAUUGUCAUCUAUGAGAUUUGUUGCAUUAUGUUACAGUAAAUUUAGUAGUACACAUUACUCAAUCUAGUAAUUUCUGUUUACAUGAUAAUACAUUUAAAAUAGACCUAAAAUUAUUAAUACGUAAUAAUAAGAUUGACAUAAAUAAGUGAUUUGUAA